UUCACAAACUUCAUACUGUACUGUAUUCAGAAUAUCAUGAACUUCAACAUUAUGAACUUGCAGUUGUAACUUAAUUUAUAUUGCUUCCAGUAUGUUUCAAGCAACCAAAUUGUCAAACGGUGCGGAGAUUAUUAUUAUCGGUAUGUAGGAAAAAUAGUACAGGAUAUCCAAGACAUAAAGGAUAAAUAGACCGAGUUAUGUAAUGUAUAGCAUAAGUUAUUGAACUAAUUGAUCAAUAACAGCUGUGUAUGGACAACUUGCUGACUGUGAGUGAGUCAGCACCUAUCUGUAUCUGUAAAAGAGAAACACAUUGAUAAAUGAAAGAUGAAAACUGUAAUAUGGGUAACUAUUUCAUAAUAUAUGUACUGUACUAUAAGCUCCCAACAAUAUAAUAUACAUAUUGUAUGGAGUGAAAAUUGUAAAGGAUAGAAUGCUGUGUUCCCUACUUUAUGUGGUUAGCUUUCAAGGACUUUUAAUCAUAGGCUUAUAAUUCUAUGUCUUUCAGAUUGCAGUGGAUGUGAAUCGGUAACACCUUACUGUUCCAGGCAAAAGAGCUUUGUGUCUUGAGGUACUAGUUGACCAAAAUGGUACUGGUACAAGUAGUACAAUAGACAGUACAAUGGAGGCUGGUGGUCUGUUUAAAGUAUAUUCAAGAAGAAGUAUUAAAGAUAAAUCUACCUAUUCUGCAAAUGUUGUGGCUACAGAUUGGUCACUUUGCAUUUUUUGCCAGAAGUUUAGUAAUAAAAAACUUGUUUGUCUAGCUGAUUCUAAACCAAAAGUUGCAGUUGUAGGAUACAGUACUCUUGCAGAUGACUUGAAUAGUUUCCAUCGGAUUGGGGAAUUACCAGAAUCCAUGAAACUAGACCGCCUCGACGAAGGAUAUGGAGUCAGCACUACACUGGCAAACCACAAGGCAAAGUGGCAUAAGACCUGUAGAGACAACUACAACCGAACUCAGCUAACUUAUCUGCAGAAACGAAAAUGUGUCGACUCCAGUCCAUCAGCAAGUGAAGUGAGGAUGUCAAAACGUAGUAGAUCUUACUCCACUGGUGCUCAUAUAGAAGACAUUAUCCAUCUAAAAGGCUUCUGUAAUGAAGUUGGAAAACCAGGAGAACUACAUCAAGCUAACACGUUUGGCCUUGGUUGUAGAGUACGAUCGGCUUCCCUUCGGAUGUUAGAAAGUUUGCAUCAAAAAGAACCACCGUCUGAAUUUGUAGAUGUUGCCGAAAGGAACCGAAAGAACAAGAGUCAUGGGGCGAGCCGUGUAGAUAGAGUAAGCCAAGAUGAAGAUUUUGCUGCAGCGCAGGAGGAAUGGGAGGCUGUUCAGUGUGUGGAGCCAAUACUCCGCUCCCCACACAAGGAGGACUUCCAUAAAAGUCCCAAGAAAUAUAUUGAUAGAUCAUCAUCCUCACCUGCAAAAUCUCCUGCAAAAUCUCCUCAAGGCUUACCACCAAAUGUGAAAAUUACUCCCCACACAGAUUUUGAUGAAGUGUGGGAUUUCUUCACUCGUCAAGAUAUGAGUCAUGUAAUGGGAUCCAUUAAACCAACACUAGAACAGAGAGGAGUAAAUGGUCUCUUUCGGACAAUAUUUGGACCCAAGAAAUUGAAAGCUGAGCUUGUGGAAGAGAGGAACUUACUCUUUGCAAUUGCACAAUGUCAGUUUGAUAACAGUGAACCAAUCCACCUCCAGAUUUUACAAACUGUGUACAAAGUCCUCACUGGAACCAAGGUUGAUUGUCCUCGCUUUGGCAGUCAUUGGGAUGUGAUUGGAUUCCAGGGUGUUGACCCUGCAACCGACUUGCGAGGUGUUGGUCUGCUUGGGUUGGUUCAGGCUCUCUAUUUGUUAACCCACGAACCUCUGCUGCCUCUGGCUCGGGACAUAUUCUGUCUGAGUCAUGAUCAACAUUCUCAGUUCCCACUUAUGGUGCUCUCAAUUAAUGUCACAAGGAUAUCACUGCAAACUCUUCGAGAAGGGUAUUUAAAUAAAGAAUGCAAUAGUCGUAGCAACGUGAGGCAUGUGCUCAACCAGUUCUUCACUGCUGUCAUGUUCCACAUCUACUGGAUUUGGAAAACUGAAUCGAAGACAAUAAAAGACUCUGGCUUUAUAAUCAAAGAUGCAGAAGCCUAUUGCAAACGAAAUGUGAAGACUGUCCUACAAAAACUGCAGGCACAGUUACGCAGAUACUCGCACGACGAAGCAGAAAUGCUGUGAGUUGUAGAAACCUUACUUUUAGGCUCAUGAAAGGAUCUCAUAGAUAAUCAAGAAAAUCUUAAACCAAACAAGAGCUGGGUGUGACAGGUUGUGAUUGUUCUUCAUACGUUAGGUGACUUCCUUCUUGCUGUGAAUAAUGCUAGAUAAACAAAUGUAAUACAUAUUUUUCCAUUCCAAAUGUGACACUUAGGAAAAAAUUAAACCAGAUAGGAAAGAUAAAUGGCCUUUUAAUCAUUUGUAAAUAAAAUUUCAGCAGAUAUUUUCAUCAAUAUUGAGAAAAUGAUGUGUAGUUACAGACCUUGUUAUACGAAAUGAAUGUCUUACUGCAUUUAUUGAUUAUUUUUAUGUUUUUUAUAUAUAUAUUUAUAAAAGACUAGUUAAGAGUUAUGGUAAAAAGUAAUUUAUGCUAUCGUGACUUGGGAGGGAUGUAGUGUAUAUUCAUGAAGAACUACUACCUAAUGAAACAUGCAAUUAUGAAACUAUUUAUACUCACACACACACACAGACACACAUAAACACACACAUACAUCAUACACAGGUAGACCCUAAUUUAUGAGAAUUUAAUUUAUGACUAUGGAGUUACGAAAAAGCAAAUGGCCCACGCUUUGAUUUACGAGCAAUAUCUCUGAGUUAAAAAAAAUCCUUAGUAAUGAUGAAAAUAUGUUAAAAUAGUGUAGGUUUAUUAUUAUUACCAGUAUGUUUACUUACUUCAUUAUUCUCUAACAUUCACAAUGUUGUUAUUCUACAAAUAAGCUUUCAGAAUGUCAUCUUUCUCCUACAAUUGUCACACAGAUAUAUCUUAGUCCUCACUUGAGUCACUGAACCAGUUGCCUGAAUGUCCAAUUUCACCUCAUUUAUUCUCAUGUAAUAUGUGGAAAAUUGGACAAAAGAAAUUUAUUCAGUAUUCUUAAAUUUAAUUUGCUAAUUAUAUGCAAUAAAAGUGUAAAGUUGUAAAAGGAAGUGUGGAAUUUGGAAAUGAAGAAAUGUUUGUAGGUGUGGAUGUUGCUGGCAAUGCACAAGGGAGGGAGAGUGGAGCAUCAUAUGACUGAGCUGAAAUGCAGGCUGGCUGGUGACUUUGUGCCUCUGUGUUCUGAUAUUUUUUUCUCCAGUGGCUUUAAGACAGCACAUUUAAAUGUUUGAAGCCAUCCCACAGCUAAAUCACAGUGCUAUGCAUUUACCAGUUCUCCAUAGACUGCAGUUAGUCAAGUUUUUGUAGAAUUUCCACCUUUUCUUUUACACUAAGCACUUUGUUUCCUUCAGUGCAGCUAAACUCGGUUCUAUCACUUUGGAGUUUGAGGGCAUUGUAAAAGCAAAAUAAAAUCUCUUUUUAAACAAUGAUUACAGAGCACACCCAUCUUAAUGCUUGAAACAGUGUCAUCAUAGCUCAAGGUGUCUCUGAUUGCAGUGUCUGCACCAAGUAAAGAAAGUGAGAAAUAUAGGAGACACAAUAACUCCUCAAGGGUCAAGCGUGGAUGUUUUCUCUCUCUCCAUAGAGAACAUCUCCAGUUAUAUAAUGGCAGUCAGUAUAUUAUUAGGCUAAUAUAACUAUUAUACUUGGCUUAACAUUUCAUACUGUUCAAUUGUUUCCAAUCUCGUCCAUUUUCUCUUUUUAAGUACUGUACAGGGAUAUAAUUAUUACUCUACUGCAUGUAUACAGUGUACAGUACUUCACUUACUACAUACAGUAUUUAAUGACUUAUAAUCAUUGUGUAUUCCAAAAAAUUUCAUCAAAACCCUGUUUGUAGCACUAUGUGGCAUUUUAAGACAUUUGGGGAAAGUUUAUUUUUUGUAGGAAAGUAUCCCAGUUUUUAUAAUGGGAAUCUAAGGGAAAAUGUUCAUUGAUUUAUGGAAAAUUAAAUUACAAGAGAUUUUUUAGGAGCAUAACCCUUUCAUAAGUCUGGGUCUGUCUGUACUUAAUAACAUACAGGUAUACACAUUAAUUCAUGCAUUUAUUGCCGGUAGUACAGUAUAUGAAUAUUAACACAAACAUGAACCGUCUCGGAUAUAUUUAUUCACACAUACAAAUUUACAGUUACCAGUACUCACAAUAUAAUAUCCAUAAACAGUUGUGUGUGUAAUUACAAAUGCCGAAUCACAAUUACUCAUGUGAAGCAGCCUCACACCAGAUGAUCUCCCCAGUAUGAGAUGCUUAUUAAGGUAGCAUAAAGAUGUAAGAGUGUUAUACUAUUCUGAAAAUAAUAGCUUCACAGCUUUGGGAAAAAACUCAUUAAUGUUGCUCAUACAUUUGCACACAAUACUGUUGCACUUCAGUUCUGAUACCUCUCUUUUACCUUUAUAGUACAGUACAUGGUUAAGGUUAACUAUUUACAUGAACAAUUUAGUAUUGAUGUAUGGUACAACACACCUCCUUUGUUUGUGUGCCACUUAUCUUUAUGUACAAUAACUAGGUCAGCCUGGCCUAAUUAGGUAAGUUUUUUUUACAUUUUUUCCUGACUUAAUUUUAUUUUGUUUUCAUUAUCAAAACCAAAAAUUACUUUUUAUUUUAGUUCAUGCUGUGACCUAAAAUCAUGUGGGAUGGGUUCUGGUAAUUCUUUGCUGCAUAUAAUUAUAUUCCUUGUAAACUGUAUUUAGAACAGAAAAUUCUUACAUUUUGUAUCCAAAGAAAUAACCUUAUUGGUAGAAUAUGGUAGCCUGGUGGUCGUCUGAUCACUUGGCAUGUUUAGAAGUACAGUAAUAAUAUUAUUAACAAUAUAGUUGGAUAGAAUCAAGAAUUGCCUGCACCUGUCCCAUAUAAGCAUAAUUAGGUUUUCAUAUUAUGUAAAUUGUAAGUCCACAUAAAUAUUAAGAGUAAUUUAAAUAAUCACUGUGAAGUUCCUCAAAAUUACUUGUCUUUUAUAUUAUGGUGAGGUUUUGGUCUCUACUGCACAGUGAGGCUUUUGUAAUGAUAUAAUUAACACAGCACAUGCAGAUUAAACAGACAUUUUCUCUUGUCUGGUAUACCAGUAGUUUUUAUUAUGCUAAGAAAGUGGAAGUUUUGAAUGCCCUUAGGCAUUUUAAACAGUUUUAUGAGAAACGGCACAAAGGAAGUACAGUACAGUAGGGUAUUGAUAAUGAAAUAAUAUAAGGAAGAUGUUAUGACGACUGGGAGUCCCAUAUUAAAAAUGAAGUAAAUGUUAAAAGAAGCCGCAGGAAGUUAAAAUAAUUUAAGUUCUUUUGUAUGGAUAUAAAAUUAUAUUGUCUCUCUUUUAGGUGCCUGUACAGUAUUUGAAGAACAGAAAGAAAGAAAUUGAUAUAAUUAAGAAUGCAUAAUAUGAAAAGGUGGGAUGAUAAACACGGUGUGUUGGUUUUUAAGUGAAAAGUGUUUGAAAGUUAUUGAAGAAGUUCAGUGGAAAAGAUUACGUGCAAAAAAUGAUGGUUACCGUAGUGAAGCUUUAAAUCUAAUCACUGUACUACUCAGUUGGUGAAAAUCCACAUUGUUUUGAUUUUUGUUACAUGACAUAACUUAUAAGACAUGGGGUAAAUUCUACUGUGAGGGUUAAUGCAUUGAUCUUUUCAUUAGGAGUUAGAAUGUGUAUAUAAUAAUAGAACAAAAGUUGUGCUUUUAUAGGUGACGUUACAUGGUUGUAGUUCGCAGUUUUAUUGUUACUGUGCAGAAGGGAUCAAAACUGGCUGAGACAUAUUGGAACCCCUUAUAUGAUACAGGGAAACUUAUUAGACUAUCAUUUGGUUCAUAUGUCAAAGAUGUAUUAAUAAGUUUAUUGUCAGAGCAUGAAGCCUAUCAUGAAAUAUUGGUCAAGAAUUACUUUUUUAAGUUUAGUAUUAAAUAAGGAAACCAAACCUUUAAUGCUUCAGUAUUGCUCAUAUCCACUAAUGUUGGCUGAACAUGUAUUUGAAGCAAGGUGAUUAUUUUUCUGUAUUAGAUAGAAAAUAGACAAGCAAGAAUCCUGCCAGUUCAUUUAUCAUCAUAUUUACUUCCAUGGUUUGCAGGAAUUUGUGUAGCUGGUAAGCACAUAUUUGUUAAGUGUAUGAAUGUUUUUAAUAUAUUCAGCAGUAUGAAGAUUGCUAGGUUUGCCAUACCAUCAACACAAGAAUCAGGAUUAUAUUUUUUUACAAAAGGUGUUGUAUGGUUAAUGACACUUGUACGUUUGUCCUUUAGUUGUACAACAGAAUUCUCACAUUAUGUUUUACAGAUGAUAACACUGAAAUAGAAAAAAAAAGAACAGAAAAAAAAGGUCACUUGUAGUAAGCCUAUUGUGUGCAACCAUAAACACUGUGAUUUUGUAUUAAUAUUUACACUCUUGCAUACUCUACUGCAAUGCUUUUGUAUAGAUAGAGAAGUUUUGGUAAUUGUCUAGAUGGUGUAGCAGUCACUUUUCAUCCAUUAUUUAGCAUUUUAUCAACAGGUAUAAAAGUACAGUAAUGUUGUUCUGCCCUUUGACGUUUUAUCAUAUACAGUAACGGUCUUAAACUUUGGAAACUUUGGAUCUUCCAAAAUUAUUAGUUUUGGGAAAAAAUCAUAUAAAACAUCUUUUCAAACAGACAGAACAAAUCAGCUAAACCCAACCCAACCCAACCCAACCCAACUUAGUAUCUUACAAUAUAUUUUAAUUAAGUUGGGUAAUGUUAGUAAGAUUAUACGUUCGGAUGGUUCAUUUGGCCAGUUUUGAGAGACAUGAAUGAUAUUUUAGCCACCGUAAUGGAAAAGGGUUAUGACAUAUUCUAGACAGUUAGCAAGGUUUUGUUUGUGUUUAAGGUGUAUUUUGUAUAGUGCUUGAUAAACUACUGUAUACCAUACGGACAUCUGUAAAUUCUUAAGACACAAGUCCUAAAGUGGAGUACACACACACACUGCUAAUUAUAUAUUAUUUUAGUAUUAAUGUUUUUGGGUUUUUUUAGCUGGUUGUUAUCCUUCAUCUGAGGUAACGCAAUGAAGGAUUUUUGUGUGUGUGUGUGAUGAGGAUGAAGAUAUUGCCGUUGCUGUACAAAUAUUAUGAUAAAGGAUGAAGAGGCUCCUUUUUUGUUUACCAUGUUCAUGCAGAGGCAGAUGUGUUCUUAUUUUUGUGUCGUUGAUUUUAUUUUUAGUGCAGUUUUCAUAUUUUUUUUUUUAAAUUUGUAGUAUGUGAUGUGAAAGUCAUGCUCAGAAUGAUAUACAGUACAGUAUUUCAGUCUUGUUCUGAUUAUUAUCAUUACUGUAGUUUGUUCUCAUCUGCUCCUCGUGUCAGCUUUUAUGUUAUAUAUUAUUUGUAAUUAUUGAGUUGGAAGUUAUAUGUUACAUAAUUGCAUUCUCAUUUGUCUCCCUCAUAUUCAUGUAGAUAGUGCAUACUUUAUUACACAUACGGUAGACCUAACUAUCCUAUAGUGAUCUGUUAGGGAAAAAUGUGGUGUACAGUAUUUUUCAUGCUGUAUACAGUAAAUCCUCACUAAUAGCCAAAAAUCUGAAUUAAUGAAGUAAAAUUUACACUUGAAUUCCAGCAUAUUUAAAUUGGUAUGAUACUGUAAAUAAUCACCAUUUUUACAUGAGCAUUUAUAUAAACAUACUGUGUAUCAAUAAGUACUUAAAUAAAUUUAAUACUUACUGUACUAUUGAAUUGUAAAAAAAGGAUGGGUUGGUCUUGAAAUCCCAGUUUAUAACCAAGACCAGACUAGAUGACUCAUUAUAUUAGCUUUACAGGGCUAACACCAGAUUAACUCUGCAAUAGAGCUGUUGGGACUAAUUAUUUAUCCUUUAGAAUAUAGAAAUAGGUGUUGCCAUUUAAAGCAGAAGGUAAUUGAGUUAAUGCCACACCAGCAGUUUCUACACACUUGUCACUUACUUGAUUGUACCUUAGGACCAUAUCAAUAGUCCAUUUUUCAGUGCCAGCUGUUUUGCAGAGGGAGAAUAACUGAAUUACUCAGAGUGGUCUCAGUUGUAUUAAACAUAUACAAAGACAAACACUGAAUUAGAUAUCUGCCUCUUGUAGACAGGAUAGACAUAUCCACACAUAUUAAGUAAAGUACAGUGUUGGAGGUUAGACUGUUGCUGUGGUCCAAAGUGAUGGGUGAUUUACACACUAUACAUGCAACAAUGACUUAAUACCUGCUUUAAAUAGUACAGUAACUCCUACUUUUAAGAGAACCCUUUUGAGGACCCUGGUUGUAGUUGGAGGGUGUAGUAAUUAUUCAAAUACUUUUUACAGGAGUUAAUAUGGGCUUUAUUUCCAUAGCUGAUACACAACACGAGUCUUCCAGGAUGGUUACAAGGUUACAGCUACCUUACAGAGUAGCUAGUAGAGUAGUGAAGGAAAUUGCAAUGGCUGCCUAAUUGUGUUUGAGUGGAUAGUGCAAGGGUAGUCAGAGCAGGGGAUCUUGCACCUUCAUACAUACUAUUAACCCUCUCGCUCACCAUGACAUGAAUCGCGUUAUAUUAUUUGGUAGCACUAAAUGCAUCGGUGACGUGAAUCGCGUCAUAAAACUUAAAAAUUCGCCCCAAAAAAGUUUUUAAGAUAAUCGCAUCAAUUUUAAUGUAUCAUAGAUAGCUGCAUGAUCUCACGAGGCAAACUUCCAGAAAGUAGAGUACAGUACAGUGGACAUAAGCGCGGGUCAAUUGUUUACCAGUCUUCUCCCGUCAACCAAGCUGGUAGGAUAUGUCUCUGUCUUUUUAACUCCUGUCAAACUCUCCCCAUUACAUCUGCUGUACACGUUUUGACUACAGUGUUGUUUUAUAGUGAAUUAGUUUUCAAGUUUCAGUAAAAAAAAAAUUUGUUUGCAGAAAAUAUUUUAAAUUUUUAAUUUAAUUCAAACAAUAAUGGUACAUGCCUCACAAGGUUCAUUAUCAUAGAAAAUAGCUAGGGGACGAGGAAACUGCUCCUACCCCAAAGGAUUAUCAAGCAGUUAUAGUGAAAGUGUUGUUGGCAAGGAAACAAAAUUAGAAAAACAGAGCAAGAAUGGCAAGCAGCUCGUCACUACCACCGCCUCCACCAUAUGUAAAUCGUUUAUAUGGCCUAUACAGUACGUUUAUAUACAAGGUACUUAUAUAAAUUAAUUUUUUAAUUUAUGUAUGUAACAAUAUAUGCAUAAUUCCUACAAUAUCAUUAUCUAUAUAACAAACAUACAAAAUGUAGAGAGAGAGAGAGAGUGUGUCUCGGAGCAUGACUUUGAAAAAUGCCAGUCCACCAGCUUCAAAAAUCGAUUAUAUAACCAUAAGUGCUACAGGAUAUUUAAGACCACAUUUCCUUCUUAACAUUACAAAUUAUACAAUACACAAAAAUUUAAUACAAUAAACCUCAUAGGUGUGAAAAAAAAUAUAUAUAUAUAUUUGGAUUUUGGUGAUUUUUAGGCAUUUCUAUUUUUUUUUUAAUUUUCUCCCCAAAUUAUGAGACAUAUAGAUUUUUGAAAGUCAAUGUUAUAAAGCUCAUAAACUUCUACUUCUAUAAUUAUGAUAUACCUGGUGGGUUUAUGACAAAAAUAUUUGAGAUAUGAUGCCGGGAACUCGUUAUUUGGAGUGAAAAAACCAGUCUCUUUUUAGUCUUAUCUAUGUAUUUUCUGUGUAAUGUUAAAGCUAAAACAAUAAUGAAGUUAGUGUUAUAUUGAAUAUGUAAAAAAAAAUUCUUGUGGGGUAAAUUGGCCACAUUAUUACUUGUCAUGGUCACAGAAAUUUAAAAACUUAUUGUGUGAGCGAGAAGGUUCAAUAAAGAAUAAUACUACAGUACUGCAAUAGUAAGAAAAUAAUAUUAUAUAGAGAAAAAUAAUUACCAGUUGUUGAAAAUAAAAGUGUAUUGUACUUAUCUAAGUGAUAUAUGUUUGGUCUUGGACAUAUUUCUGCUUAGCCUAGUAAAGAUGUGGAAUAAAACAGGUAAAUGAAGGGGAAAGUGUAAAAUAUUAAUUUGAAAUAACCUUAAUAGUGAUUUUUUAUAAGCUUCCUGUUUAUUGUGAUUGAACAUUAUAAAUACAAAACACAACACUAGAGGUAAACUUUAUUUUGGCAUAUGCAGAAUUAUAGGAAUGAGAUCAACUCUUACUUCAGUUUUCACCAUUAACACUUAAUAAAGGAGGCAAUUAUUUGAUAAUGUACUGUCUUGCCUUACCAACUAAGAGGCUACUUGGAAGUCCUACACAUAAUGCCCAGUUCCCACUCUGUAAAAGUGAAGUGACAAUAGUAAGAGCUUCCAAAUGUAAAACUUGCUUCCAAUAUACCUGAUGGCACCUGGGGCACCAUGCCAUCAAGUUAUCAUGGCUAGCCCAUGUAAGUGUGGAUAAUGGCCAUAAAAUGGUGAUGAUCAAGAUGACCGUGAGAUAUUCCAUUUAUGUAAAGUACGUAAAUUCUUUUCUCUGAGAUGCUUUUUUAGGAAUACCCACUCGAGAUCAUCUCAUAACCUUGACUACUCUCCUUUCUACUGCACUGGGUGCCCUCUUUACUGUUGUCAGACGCCACUACAAUGCUCAAUUUCUGGUGCUUGUGAAAGGUAAAAUGCAAAUAUUUUGGCUUAAAUAAUUAUAUUCCAUAAUUAAUUUUUUUGUCCAUAUUACAAUUUUUUUUUUUUUUUCCUCAAGUUGUGGUUACUGUACUUGUGCAAUUUUUAAAGUACCUUUAGUUUCACUUUUUUUUUUAAAUACAGUA